AUGACGGUGCGUAAAGGAAAGAAGCUCACCAUCUCCAUUCAGGAACACAUGGCCAUUGACGUUUGUCCUGGCCCCAUCCGUCCAAUCAGACAGAUCUCUGCCUACUUUCCCCGCCUCUCCCCCACCUCUGAGCCCCUCUCCCCCAACCCCUCUGUCUCCCCAUUGGCUGUAAGCCCUGGGGGCGGGGGCUCUGGACCAGGGGGCAGUAGCCUCCUGUCCCCUCUUCAAGCAGGGGCAAGGGGAGGGGGCGGGACCCUGUCUUUGACGAGCAGCGUGGACACGUCGGUGGAAUACAACAGCUCAGACAGCGAUGAAUGCACAUCUUUGGGCACACUGGAGUUUGAGUUGAGAUAUGAGAGGGCCACCAGUUCCCUCCACUGCACCAUUCUCAGAGCUAAGGGUCUGAAGCCCAUGGACUUCAAUGGCCUGGCGGAUCCAUAUGUCAAACUGCACCUCCUCCCCGGGGCGUGUAAGGCUAAUAAGCUGAAGACAAAAACAGUGAGGAAUUCUCUCAAUCCAGUUUGGAAUGAAACACUCACCUACAUCGGCAUCACAGAGGAGGACAUGCACAGGAAGACCUUAAGGUUGUCAGUCUGUGAUGAGGAUAAGCUGACUCAUAAUGAGUUCAUUGGGGAGUCUCGAGUGGCUUUACGGCGUGUGAAACCGGACCAGACCAAACACUUCUACACAUGUUUGGAGCAUCCACCUCCAUUGCCUUCCCCCACAGCUAUGGGAGCGGCAUUACGAGGGAUAUCCUGUUACCUGAGAGAGUGGGAGAAUGAGCAGUUACACAGCCUGGAAGAAAGAGGUCGUCUCUUGCUGUCGCUACAGUUCCUACCCCCACCUGCAGAGGGCGACAAAGAGGGUCGGCGUAGCGGCCUUUGUGUUGGGGUGCAGCGGUGUGCCCAUUUGGCAGCCAUGGACGUGAACGGCUUCUCCGAUCCAUACGUCAAAAUAUAUCUAAAGCCAGACGUGCAGAAAAAAUCAAAACACAAAACCGCCGUGAUGAAAAAGACCCUUAACCCAGAAUUCAAUGAGGAAUUCUUUUACGAGAUCUCCCUCUCCGAACUGGCCAGUAAGACGCUGGAAGUCACCGUCUGGGACUACGACUUGGGCCGAUCGAAUGACUUCAUAGGUGGAGUGUGUUUAAGCUGUCGCUCACAAGGAGACGCUCUCCGUCAUUGGAUGGACUGUCUGAGGAAUAAGGGCCAGAGGGUGGAGCGUUGGCACGUCCUGACCAAUGAGCUGCCUCGGACCACUAGCCACGACUGA